CCCGAGCUCCUCCGGGCACCAGCUCCCUAGCGCCCGCGCCCCCGCCGCCCGCCCGCCGCGAUGCCCCUGCUCUGGCUGGUGCCCGUCGGGCAGAAGCUGCUGCUCUGGAGCGCGCUGGGCGCCGCGGUGCUGGGCGCCUUCUCGCUGCUGCUCAACCUCCUGCGCGCGGUGACCUUCUACUCGCGGAACUGGCUGCGGCUGCGGGUCGUGCCCACGGUCUCGGGCGCCCUGCCCUUGGUGGGACACGCGCUGGUGAUGAAGCCGGACCCCAGGGAAUUUUUUCAGCAGCUAAUUACUUAUUCUGAAGAAUACCGACAAAUGCCACUGAUAAAACUCUGGCUUGGGCCAGUGCCAUUGGUAGUCCUUUACAAAGCAGAAAAUGUGGAGACAAUUUUAAGUAGUUCAAAGCAAAUCGAUAAGUCCUAUAUGUACAGGUUUCUAAAACCAUGGCUUGGCCUUGGACUCCUUACAAGUACUGGGAGCAAGUGGCGCUCCAGGAGGAAAAUGUUAACUCCAACGUUCCACUUUACAAUUCUGGAGGACUUCUUAGACGUCAUGAAUGAACAAUCCAAGAUACUGGUUAAGAAGCUCGAAAAACAUGUUAACCAGAAAGAAUUUGACUGCUUUUUCUACAUCACUCUUUGUGCCUUAGAUAUCAUCUGUGAAACAGCAAUGGGGAAGAAUAUUGGUGCUCAGUGGAAUGAAGAUUCUGAGUAUGUUCGAGCAGUUUAUAGUAUGAGUGACAUAGCACUUCAAAGAAUGAAGAUGCCUUGGCUGUGGAGUGAUACUCUAUUCCUUUUGUUUAAGAAAGGAUGGGAACACAAAAGGAGCCUAAAGGUCUUGCAUGAUUUUACCAACAGUGUCAUCACUGAAAGGGUCAAAGCAAUGCAGAGAGAGGAAGAACGCAAAACUGAGAACAGCAGCCCCCGCAAAAAACGCAAAGCUUUCCUUGACUUGCUUUUAAAUGUAACUGAUGAUGAAGGAAACAAGCUAAGUCAUGAAGAUAUUCGAGAAGAAGUGGACACCUUUAUGUUUGAGGGCCAUGACACCACCGCAGCUGCAAUAAACUGGUCCCUGUACCUGUUGGGCACGCAUCCAGAAGUGCAGAAAAAAGUGGAUCAGGAACUGGAGGAAGUAUUUGGGACAUCUGACCGUCCUGUCACAGUAGAAGACCUGAAGAAACUUAAAUACAUGGAAUGUGUUAUUAAGGAGACUCUUCGCUUAUUUCCUUCGGUGCCUUUAUUUGCUCGUUGUCUUAAUGAAGAUUGUGAAAUUGCGGGUUACAAAAUCGUGAAAGACUCUGAAGCAAUUAUCUUUACCUAUGCACUGCAUCGAGAUCCAAGGUUCUUCCCAGACCCUGAGGAAUUCAAGCCGGAAAGAUUCUUUCCUGAGAAUUCCCAAGGACGCCAUCCAUAUGCAUAUGUGCCCUUCUCUGCUGGACCAAGAAACUGCAUAGGUCAAAGAUUUGCCAUGAUGGAAGAAAAGACCAUUCUUUCCUGCAUCCUGAGGCAGUUCUGGGUAGAAUCCUCCCAGAAGAGAGAAGAACUUGGUUUGGCAGGAGAUCUGAUUCUUCGUCCAAUGAAUGGCAUCUGGAUCAAGUUGAAGAAGAGACACACAGAUGAAUCCUAGCUAUGUGAUUGGGCUAUGCCUUUAUCAUGAAAAGUCUUUACUAAAAAGAAGCUUUGCAAUAAUUUAUACGUAGAGUGAAUUAAUGUUUACCUUUUAGUAAGCACAUAAUAAGAUUUUCAAUAGACACAUUCACAGAAAAUUAAACUUUAGUGGACAGACCCAAAGGCUAUAUUAAUAUUCAGAAUUUUUCUGCUGUUUCAGAAAUAAUUAUAUGAAUCUUUAAGUAUACAUUCAAAUUUAAAAAUAGUAUUAAGUCCUUUAAUCUCAGUAGCUUAUAUUUUUAAUGACAUCAACUAUGAGAAUAAUUACUCUGACAUUUCUCUUGUUUUUAUUACAUAUAGGUAGGUAAUAUAUAACUUGUUAUUAUAAUAACUUAAUAUUAUAAUAUAUAAUUUAUUUUAUGCAUACUUCCCUGUAGCCUUUAAUCUUCAAGCUCUUAUUUCAUUUUUACUGCAUCACAAAUAUGUCAUGUUGAUGAAAGUGAAAGAGGGAAGACCCCCUCCCAAGGUAAUGGCAAAAUUUCCUGGGGAUAAAUAGUCCUGAAGUUGCUGCAAGAGCCUGAUAAGACCCUCAGAAGAAAACAGGAAAAACCAGGAACAAAGGCCUGAUAAGACCCUCACCCAUCUACAGCAACAGACCCGGAGAAGCUCCUGCAAAAACAAAAGGCCAGGAAAGAAAUUUCAAAGAAGACCAUCACCACUCCCAACCUCCUUGGUAACCGCCGUAGAUGGUGGUUUGACCUAGGUAGAUGCCCCACUUGGGGGCAGGUUGGAGAAACCCUUGACUAAAGGAAGGUGCGCAUAUGCUGCCUGAGCCCAUGUGCUACUUGCACUCAUGCGGCCGAGCACAUGCCAUGCCUGAGCACAUGUGUUGUCUGCAUCUCCCCUCGUGAGAUGUGUCCUUUCAUGCUUUCAUGUCUAAUGCUGGGAGGUAUGUAGGGGCUCUCUCCACCCCUGGAGAAGCCCAGGUUCUCUCUUGACCAUGUCCCACUCUCUCUCUCACUUUCUUUCCCUCCUUCCCUUCAAAACCUCCAAAUAAAAACUGUGUAAUUUCGCUGCUCAUGUA